AUGUGGGGCACGGCGGGCGCGGGGGCGCGGAGCAUCCGUCCCUACCAGUCCAGCCAGCAGUACCUGUACGCCAUGAAGGAGGACCUGGCAGAGUGGCUGAAGGAGCUCUAUGACCUUGACAUCGAGGUGGGCACCUUCUUGGAGGUGCUGGAGACAGGGGCUGUGCUCUGCUCCCACGCCAACCACGUCACCCAGGUGGCCGAGGAGUUCAGCCGUGCCUGCCCCGAGGUGGCCCAGCGCCUCCACCUGCCCACCAGCGGUGUCACCUGCAACCCCACAGCACAGCCAGGCACCUUCCAGGCCAGGGACAACGUCUCCAACUUCAUCCAGUGGUGCAGGAAGGAAAUGGAUAUCAAAGAUGUCCUGAUGUUCGAGACAGAGGACCUGGUGCUGAGGAAGAACGAGAAGAACUUCGUGCUGUGCCUGCUGGAGCUGGCUCGCCACGCCUCCCGCUUCGGCAUGAGCGCCCCCACCCUGGUGCAGAUGGAGGAGGAGAUCGAGGAGGAGAUCAGGCAGGAGCUGGACCUGCCUCCCACGGACACCGCCCUGCCCCGGCCCCCCAGGGCACCACGGGACCUCAACAACCUCGACCAGAUGGUCCAGCACCUGGUGAGCCGCUGUUCCUGCCCGGUCCAGUUCCCCAUGAUCAAGAUCUCGGAAGGGAAAUACCGUGUGGGGGACUCUGACACCCUCAUCUUUGUCCGGAUCCUGCGGGAGCACGUCAUGGUGCGUGUCGGGGGCGGCUGGGACACGCUGGAGCACUACCUGGACAAGCACGACCCGUGUCGCUGCACCUCGCUCUCUCACAAACAAGCCUGCAAAGCCCGCAGCCCGCAGCAGCAAGUGCAGCACGAGGUGCGGCUGUGCCCGGCCCCGGGAGCGGCCGCCCGCAGCCCCCAGCCCGCGCUGCUGGUCAGCCGCUCCCAGAGCCCCCUGCCCCCCGUCACCUGGGGGGGCCGUGUCCCCCCCGGGCCCCGGCGCCCUGCCACCCCCUCGGGUCGCCAGCAGAGUGCCAGCCCCCACCGGGAGCCAGCGCAGCCCCGGCGGGUCCCUUCGGGCAGGAUGCGGGACCCACCCGCUGUCCCUCUGGGGAGGCAGCUGCCACCAUCCCGCUCACCUGCUCGACCCAGCUCGCCCGGGCACGGGGCGAGGGGCCGGGCACCCACCCCGUCCUGCCUGAGCCUCCCGAACGGCGCGGGGGUCCCCAGGGCACCGCAAGGGACCAGCCCAGGGAAAACCACCCCAGCGGCACCGGCACGGGGCAGGCCCGCAGCACCCAGCCCACGGACGGUGCCAGCGCCUCCGAGAAGCACCCAGCAAGGAGGAAAAUCAUCUGUGGUGGCUGCCAGGCCGCAGGAAACACGGGCACCCACCAUAGUCACACCCCGAGCUCCCAGUCCCCAAAAGAUCCGUGCCCCCAGUCCCCUGAAGGUUCGUGCCCCCUCCUCCCACCGGGAUGCCCCGGGGGACUCACGGAGCGUGAAAAGCCCACGGGAAGGGAGACAGGGAACUCUUGGCCGGGGCCCACAGCCCUCACCCCGAAAUUCCUCCAGCCAACCCCCCAUCAAAGUCAGCCCGGGCACAUCCCGGCCCCCCACCCCUCUGGGCCGCUCUGCAGAGGGGUGCAAGGUCUGUGCCGCUGGGGACAGUCCCCGGGGGACGCGCCAGUGCCACCCAGCCCCGAACCCACGGGCUGGCCGUGCUGAAGGACCUCGGGUGGCGGAGGAUGGAGCCGGGGGAGCCUGCGGUCCUGGCAGGGGGGCCGCGGGGCUCCGGGGGUGCUGCGGGAACGCGCAGCCCCCCGGCUACGAGCGGGUGGUGCAGGAGCUCUGCCGGGGCCCGCAGCCGCUGCGCCCCGUGGGGAUGCGGAGCCAGCUCCCCAAAACACCCGCAGCAGCUGCCCCGCAGCUCCCGGCCCCGGGGGAGGCAGAGCGGCCGGGACCGGGGCCCCAGACCCCGCGGGGAGCCCGGGCCAGCCCCGCCGCCAAGCCCCGGCGCUGCCUGAAGAAGCCCGAGCGUGUGCCCUCCAUCUACAAGCUGAAGCUGCGGCCCAAGGUGCGGCCCCGGCGGGACCACAGGCCGGGCAAGCGCCCCUCGCGCAUCCCCACCCCGCUGGGGCAUCGCCCCCCGGCCCCCCGGGGCCAGCGCCGCCCCCCGGCGCCCCCCCGAGCCCCCCAGACCCGCAGCACACGCCCCACGGCCGAGCCCGCCCUGGGGGACAGCGGCACCUGGCUGACCGACGAUGAUGAGGAGGAGUCGUGGGUCUGAGCCCACCCCGAGAGCCGGUGAGGACUGAUGGACAGACGGACGGACAGACGGACCCCUCCCUCGGAAGGUGGGAGCGGUGCUGAGGCUGAGGCUGGAGCUGCAGUGCCCGCGGAUCCCAGACAGCCCGGGGGGUUCCACCUCACUUUCCAGAGCUGCACCCCCUCCUUCCCAAUGGAUUUUUUCUGUAUUGGUAAUCCUGCUAAGCAGGCACUUUUGUACUGGUUUGGGUGGGAAAACCCAGCCCCAAACUGAAGGAAUGGGAUGCUUUCUGCAGGAGGAGAGGUUUAGCCCCCCCUGAAGCACCCUUGACAUCCAUAAAAACCUUCUUGUACCUCAGUGCUCCCCGUUCUGCACCAUGGGACCUGUGAGCCUCGUGUCUGACAGCUCCAAGAGCCUGCAUGAGUGCCUGGGUCACUCAGGUCGGGGGGGCA